CACACCUCUCAUAUCCCGCCCUUUAACGGCGGCGAUAUAACUUCAGCAUCACCGCCGUGUACCGUUCCGCCGUCAAUUCCGUCAACAACACCGUCCGCGUCCUCCACCGUCCUCCACCGUCCACCUCGAUCCACCAACUCCAGACAGCACCGGCGGGACCUAGCUCACCGCGCUCUCCGCCAUGCGUCUCACACCAGAGUUUGUGUCAAAUACGCACUCGCACUUGAAUCCGCUCAAAGAGCGCGAGCUCGAUCUGCGAGGCCUCGCGAUCCCCGUGAUCGAGAACCUCGCCUCGCACCAGGGGACAUACGACACACUCAACCUCACAGACAACUCGCUGACGGUCCUUGGCAACAUCCCGCAAGCGCACCGGUUACACACAGUGCACGCGGCGCAGAACCAGAUCUCGUCGAUCUCGCCUGCCCUCGCAACGAAUCUGCCGAACCUCACGACGCUCGUGUUGAGCGACAACGCGCUCGCGUCCCUCUCGUCCCUCCUUCCCCUGGCCGACACGCCGCUCCGAUACCUCUCCUUGCGAGGGAACCCUGUCACGGCCGCGGAGCACUACCGCGCCUUCGUGAUCUGGAAGGUGGGGCGGGGGGCGCUGCACGUGCUCGACUUUGAGCGGGUGAAGGAUGCGGAGCGGGCGCGCGCAAAGGAGUUGUUUGAAGACAGCAGCGGCGCGCCGAACGAGCUCGCGCGCAAGCUGUCCACGUCGACGGCGGGCGUGAGUGGCGCCGCGUUGGCGGCCGCCAAAGCCAAGGGCGGGAAGGGGCGGCUCAUGACUCCCGAAGAGAAGAAGCGCGUCGUCGAGGCCCUCACGCGCGCCAACACCGCCGAGGAGGUGCGCAAGCUCGAGCGUAUGCUCGCCGACGGCGUGAUACCCGAGGGUGGGAUGGAGGGCGUCGAUGGCGAAGAGUAGGACCAUAGAGGCUGCUAGAGCGGCAGUGUACGAGCGCACUUCGUAGAUCCAUGUUACAAGAUUAGCAUUGUACGCAUACUAU